UUGAAAUUUGACAUAAUUCCAAAGUUAAGAUCCCAGAUGGACGUGUUAUAUUUUAGCAUCAUACUAACAUUUUUCUGUUUACCUAUCGAUGGGGAAAAAUCCACUAAAUUCAAAAAGACUGUGGAGUACUUAGUUCAAUAUGGCUACUUGGAAAAAAAUUCCAUGAGCAAUAGCUCUUUGUUGAGUGGAACAUCCUUCAGGAACAGCUUGAGAGAAUUUCAGUCUUUUGUUGGAAUCCCAGUCACAGGAAAGAUGGACAAACCCACCAUGAAGAUGAUGAGUGCUCCAAGAUGUGGAGUUCCAGAUAAAUCUGGGAAGUCAAAUAGGGUGAAACGAUAUACAACUGACGCUGUUAUAUGGAAUAUGAAACAUUUGACCUACAAAAUAUCUAAGUAUUCGAAACAACUCAAAAGAAAUGAAAUAGACACAACCAUACAGAAAGCCUCCAAUUUAUGGUCGAAGUACACAGAUUUAACGUUCGAACCAUCUAAACGAGGUAAAAUAGACAUCAGAUUCGAAGAAAGACAGCAUGGUGAUGGUGAUGCCUUCCAUGGGGAACUGGCACAUGCAUUCUCUCCUCAAGACGGUGGUGCCAUACAUUUUGACGACUCAAAACGUUGGAAGAUUGGUUUUGGUCCUGGAUAUGACUUAUACCAGACGGCAACACAUGAAUUUGGUCACAGUCUGGGACUCGGACACUCUAAAGUAAAGGAGUCUGUUAUGUGGCCUUAUCUCCCCAAUACUUGGAAAAGAGAUCUUCACCCUGAUGAUAUAAAAGGAAUUCAAGAAUUAUACGGAAAGAAAACUUCCUGUAAAUGUAAUUCACCCUAAAAGAGGUUGGUCUAAAACAAUUAAAAGUAUAGAAAUGAUCAGGGUUAUUAUGGGGGGAAGUAAAUAGGAAGUUUUUAGUUUAUGAAAAAAUAUAUUCCUUGUCCGUGUUUUAUUUCACUUUAUAUAUUUAAAGACACUUUCUAUUUGAACUUAUUUAUUUUAUUUAUUUACAAGUAUGUAGUUGUUGUGAUCUGUGCACGUGCAAGUUGGAGAAGGACCUAACCUCGCCAUUCGGGCUAUGUUGUCUCAUUAACCAUAGAGAUGUGAACAGAGAACAAUAACUCUUUAUUUUCUAUUUACAUACUAUAUUAACAAUAUAUACAAAUAUAUAACACG